AUGGGGACAGUUUGGCGUAAAUUGGUAUUCAAGACAACUUUCCUUCUCGACAAAGAAAGUAUCCAGAGUCGUCUUGCUCCCCAACAAGUUGCAGUAGGAAUCCGUUCGGGGGCCGAGGCAAUGAUCCACGCCGCUCGCGCAUGGAUUCGUGCUAACAACCACAAAACCGACUAUGUUCUUCUGCAAAGAGACAUCUCUAAUGCUUACAAUUCUGUCCACACUCACAUGUUCUUGGACGAAUGUUAUCAGUACGCCACGGCCUCUAGUAAGUUCGCCGAAUUCUGCUAUGGGGCCCCUAAUCACCUCGUGUACCAUGGUCGAUUGAUGCAAUCCGCUCGCGGACAGCAAGGCUGCCCCCUUAUGGGGUCUCUUUUCUGCUUGGCCAGGAAACGAAUGUAUGAAGAAGCCUACGGUAAUGCUGGGGGAAGCCAUGCUUGUUUCGACCCUGAGUUCGCGGACGAUGGUUUUUGUGGGGGGCCUGUCGCUUCAGUAUGGGCGAUUUUCGAGCAGGAAAUUGCGCUCGCCGAGAAGUACGGACUUCACUUUGACAUGGGCAAAACUACUCUUUAUCUCCUCUCAGGGGAAGCUUUCCAUGCUGACCUUCGACCCUUUCAGGCUCUCGGAAUUCGAAUCGUGAAGGGAAUCGACAUUCAGAUGCUUCAGGUUCCCAUCAGCGGUCGGGAAGACUUUUACGCAGAAUGGAACCGCCUCAAAAUCGCUGCGAUCGACGAGGCUGUGACGGCUAUAGAACAGUUGCCCCACAAACACGUGGCCUUGCACUUAUUGCAGAAAUGCAUGAGUUUCCCGAAGUUGUCUUAUUGUAGUCGUACGAUCAGUCGUUCCCAUCUUCAACCAUUGCUCGAGGCCCAUAGUGAACGCAUACGUGUUGCUCUUCAAUACCUUCUAGGCAGACAGUUGACCGACAGACAAUGGAUCCAAGCGACGCUUCCGACGAAGGCCGGGGGACUAGGUCUGACGAUCGACCGGAUAGCUGUUCAGGGCGGUUUCAUUUCUCGAGCCGACAUUGCCAUGGUUUGUUCAUGCCGGUCCACCAAAGAACAAGUUCGAGGAAUGUUGGGCAUUGCUGGAGAUAUGGGAAUCGAUCCCAUCGAGGAGUCAGCUACUCGAUCCUUGAGACAACUUCUCCCGACUUCCAUCUUAGGAGAUGGCCCCAAUGUUCUCAAGCAGCGAGAUCUCAACCAAGCUGCUAUUGAGAAGUCAGGCGCUUACCUCCUCCAAGCCCUUCCUGCAGGAGAAGUAGCUAGAUUCCAGGCUUGCAGGGCACCUUGGGCCGACGGUUGGUUGAACGUCGUCCCGAGUUCUUGUUUCGACACCCUUCUGUCCAAUGUUGCAGUCGUUGAUUCUAUUUCUUUGCGACUUGGUCUCGAGGUUCUCGAAAAAGCGAACAUGUGUCCCUUUUGCCCCCAAGCCCUCGAUCUUCUCGGUCACCAUUGA